AUGGAUGAGCAUAUUCCGGGGAUUCUAGGCGGCCGCCAGAUCUUUUGGUGUCCGGGUGGGGAUGGCUAUCUACCUUUUUGUCCACAACCAACCGAUCCAGAUGAUCAUUAUUACUGCUGCAUGUAUUUCUACCUUGAGGUUGAUAAGCCGUCGUGUUGCCAAUACCCGAUAAAUGCUGGGCUGGUUCUAGAUGCUAUUUCCUGCAUUUCUCGUAUUUUUUCUUCAUUGGCCACGCUGGCGGCUUGCCAAAACUUUUGCGGCCUGGAAAAUGCGGCCACGAUUCACUACACUGAAGAGAUCGAUUUAUACCUUGGAGCAAAAGCGCACACCAUCUCCCGUCUGGCCGAAAGAUGGGAGCGCGCCUACAUCACGAAUUAUCCAAUCGAUUUGAAAGAAAAGGGCAACACGACGACGAUCGUCACCCGAAAUUCGAGCUUCGCUAUCGGUCAUGCUCUAGGAGCCAUGGCCAAGCACUUGAAUUGGACCAGGAUGGCGCUCGUGCAUUCUGAUUCAUUCCACACGAUGGCGAAUGCCAUAUCAAACACAUUGAUUGCUGAGUAUGAUAUUACCAUAGCCACGAUAUUCCCCCAUCAUUCGGACGGUGGCCUGAAUGUGAUGGAGCAUUUAGCUCGGGCCGUCGUCUUCUUCGGCACUUUUGUCGACUACACCGAAUUCUUGCUGAAAGCCGCUGAAACUUUCACCGCCCUUUCCGAAUUCUCCAUCAUAUUUAUUGAUUUUUAUGACGUCGAGCCAAAUCGUUUCUAUCGAUUGGCAGCCAACUUUGCUUUGCAGCACGAGAAGCGUGCGAAAUUGAGGAUUUUGUUAAGGAAUACUUUACUGUUAACGGCCCCUUUAAAUAUGAUGAAAAUUGUCGACCUGUUGGCUGCUGAAUACGGGGUCCAAAAAUCCAUCCCAUUCCAAGAAACGCUGCUGAUCUGCGAUUUGCUGCAUGCUGGGCUUGGGCUGGAUGAGCCGAAAAAUCGGUCAUAUCACGGCAGCCUUGGUCAUUACUAUCUCUCCGAGACUGGGAUCGUUUUGCCGGACUACGAAAUACACUGGUACGACGGUACCAAUCAAACGCUAAUGGCUACGAUUUUCGGGGUGGAUCCGGUUGGUAAUAUGGCCAUGGGAAUCCGCGAUGAAAACUCGUACUGGACCUCGCAAGUCCCGCCGAGCCUCCCGGUUUGUGGUUUUGACGGUGGAUCAUGUAGCAAUCGACUGGUCUACGUCGCUAUCGCCUGUAUCGGCGUAGUCUUGGCAUUUCCAUUAACUUUUGCGUGGUACUUUAACCAG